AUGUUAGGGAGUUUAAAGCUAACAUUGAAAAGUUUUCAUGACCUCUUUGUAAACUCGUACGGAUAUAACUAUGAUCAAAACAAGGAUUUUGUUGAGGCAUUCUUCCAUGAACUGGAAAGUUAUAUGCUGGGAAACCGGCAAAAUAUAGCGUCGUUGGUUGAUGACUUUUUCGAUGGCCUGCUAAUUCGUGCACUCCAUGUAAUGCUGUUUGUAAAAACUGAACCGGAUAGUAUUGUAGCCAACUGCGUUGCAUCCAAGUUGAGACCUCUGAAGCCAUUUGAUCAGGCGCCUGAAAUAAUAAGGUUUAUGGCAACUCGCGCAUUUCCUCCUCCUAGGAUUCUUAGGAAUAGUCUCCUUUUAGGAGAUCAUGUGGUUCAGUUUUUAUCAAAGAUUACAGUGAAUGAUAGUUGUAUAAAUGAAUGGAUUAAACUACGUUACUGUAAUUUAUGUUCAGGAGUAAUCCAACCCCUCAUUUGUCGACAUAGUUGUUUUAGUCGUUUGUCCACAUGUUUUUUGUUAUGGACUGAUUUUGAUAAAUACUGGCUAUCAUUUAUUGAUCAGGUUGUUCGUGUUGCUGAACGUUUAAAAGACUCCAAAAUUUUCCCCCAGGUUAUUCGACCAUUACAAAUACAUAUAUCUGACGCUAUCAUGAAUCUUCAAACUAUACUUUUUCGACUGGAUCAAUCUGAUGAAUUUUUCAGUGACUGUUUAUUAGAAAACUCAAAAGAGCAUCAGUCGUUUCCUUCCAGGACUGAUUUUAGGCAACGACGACAUCAGGAAUUUGUAUUUGUUGAUCAUGAUACCUUAGUUCAGGAUUACAAACAUCCUUAUAUUUACGGCAAUUAUGAUAUCCUGAAAUCAUGGGCGGACAGUAUUCGUAACAAGUAUCUCUCUAUACGCAAACCAUUUUCUACCAUCAUCAAGUAUCUUUGUAGUGAGGAUCUUCUACGUGAUUCAAAGGAAAAUAGUGACCAUUUAUGUUGGACAGGUGAUAGAUUAACACAUACGUCAAAUAUAACCGUAAAUCUGAUCGAAAAUGAAUCGUUUCUUAAGAUAAAUCCUAUGGCUGUCCGUGUCAUUAAAGAUCUACAACACAUAACUGAAAUUAUGCAAUCUGUAAUUCAAAAUAAUUCUGAUCCUCAUUAUGUGCCGAUUAAAGGGGAAAGUAGAAUUCAAUCUAUAGAUAACGUAACUGUUUUCCUUCCAUUGCCGAGUUAUUCAACAGCAAACCCAAGUACAGUACUAACAACUUUAAACUAUUUAGAAUCUAAUAACAAAAUUCAUUCUACAUCUUUACCAAAUUCUAUCAAAACACUAUUUCAAUUUGAUGCAAAUCCUAUUAAAACAUCUCGUUAUUCAAUCAAAAAACAAAUUAAAACUAAUAAAGUAAUAUAUUUAAAUCCUCCUCAUAAUUUAUGGUUACCAUCGGCUAAUAUACCAUCAUAUAAUUAUCAACGAAAAGUAAUCUGGACAUUUAAUUCUAAUAGUGAUAAUAUAUUAAAGUUUAAUCUAUCUACUAAAGUUUGUAUAAUUUAUUUUACUUGUAUAUAUAUGUAUUUACUUAUAUAUUAA